UUUGGCAAAGGCGAGGCCGACGCCAGAGGCGAAGGUUGAGCAACAAGGGGGAAAAAAAGAGAAGAAGACACGAACUCUCCGACCAACCACGAGCCGGAGCGGGCGAGGCGUGGCGUGGCGUGGCGCCCGUGUGGGAAUAUGAACACGGAGGGACUCAACUGUCGGACGGAGCUCACAGGAGCAGGCGGAGACACCGAAGACGCAAACUGACAGUGCUGCGCGACGACCGAUAUCCCUGGUCAGCAGCGUGCGCGUGACACAACGACGACGACCACAACAAAACAAAAUGUCCCAACAGGCAGUGGACGGGGUCCCGCGUCGGGGCAAGGUGCUGACUUUGGACAACAUGAACCCCAACGUGAAGCGGGUCGAGUACGCGGUGCGGGGCCCCAUCGUGCAGCGGGCGGUGCAGAUCGAGAAGGAGCUGCGAGAGGGAAUAAAGAAACCGUUCACAGAAGUCAUCAAGGCUAACAUCGGCGACGCCCACGCCAUGGGUCAGAAACCAAUCACGUUUCUCAGACAGGUCUUGGCUUUGUGUUCUUACCCCGAACUCCUGGAAGACGACAAGUUUCCGUCCGACGCCAAGAAAAGAGCGCGGCGUAUUCUCGAGGCCUGCGGCGGCCACAGUAUAGGAGCCUACAGUGCCAGCCAGGGGAUCGAGUGCAUCCGCCAGGACGUGGCGGCCUUCAUAGAGAGGAGAGAUGGCGGGAUCCCCUCCAACCCCGACAACAUCUUCCUCUCCACUGGGGCCAGCGAUGCCAUCGUGACCAUGCUGAAGUUGCUGGUGUGCGGUGAGGGCCGCGACCGCACGGGAGUGAUGAUCUCCAUUCCUCAGUACCCUCUGUACUCGGCUGCCCUGGCUGACCUUGGCGCCGUGCAGAUCAAUUACUACCUGGACGAGGACAAGUGCUGGGGGCUGGACGUCACCGAGCUGAAGAGAGCCCUGAAUGAAGCGCGGCAGCACUGCGACCCUCGCGUCCUCUGCAUCAUCAACCCUGGAAACCCCACAGGUCAGGUCCAGAGCAGGAAGUGCAUCGAAGAUGUGAUACGAUUUGCUAAAGAGGAGCAUCUCUUCCUCAUGGCUGAUGAAGUCUACCAGGAGAAUGUGUAUGCAGAGAACUGCAAAUUUCACUCCUUUAAGAAGGUGUUGUUUGAGAUGGGACCAGAGUUCUCCAGCACAGUGGAGAUGGCCUCCUUCCACUCCACCUCCAAAUGCUACAUGGGAGAGUGUGGAUUCCGUGGAGGUUACAUGGAGCUGAUUAACUUGGACCCCGAGGUGAAGGCCCAACUCAUCAAACUGGUGUCGGUGCGUCUGUGUCCCCCCAUUCCCGGACAGGCUCUCCUGGACCUGGUGGUCAACCCGCCGCAGCCCAAUGAGCCCUCCUACACCACGUUCACAAAGGAGCGGACAGCAGUGCUAGCAACUCUGGCAGAGAAGGCCCAACUCACAGAACAGAUCUUCAACACAGUGCCUGGCAUCACGUGUAAUCCGGUCCAGGGGGCCAUGUACACCUUCCCACGCAUCACUCUGCCUCAGAAGGCCAUUGAUGAGGCCAAGAAAGAGGGUCAGGUCCCAGACAUGUUCUACUGUAUGAGGCUGCUGGAGGAGGAGGGGAUCUGUCUGGUGCCAGGUAGCGGCUUUGGACAGCGAGAGGGAACAUUACACUUCAGGAUGACCAUCUUGCCACCCACCGAGAAGCUGAAGAUGGUGCUGCAGAAGAUCUGCGACUUCCAACUGCGGUUCACACAGGAGUUUUCCUAACAUUCCUCCAACCUGAGCUGCAGCCCAAGAACAGACUCGUUCAGUAUCUCCCAAGUGCCUUUGAGCCCAUUUAGGAUCAGUGAGGAACCUCGAACUGUUCCUCCUGAAAACCAGUAAAAACAUGUGCAAUCCAGAUUCCCUGCUCCUAUGUACAUACGGCACGUAGAAGUUGUAAUGAUGUUCAGUACUUGAUGAACUUAGCCGGCCAAGUUUGUAAAGUUCAGCAGUUUUAGAUAAUAAAAUAUUUCAGAUGUCCUUGUUACAAGUGCACCACUCUACUGCCAAGACAUUUUUUUUUUUUAAUAGCCCCGUUAGGUGAUUAACCCGACAGCCUGUAGAGAUUCUGUUAUUGAGAAUGACUGAACACUGGCAUUUUUAUUUUUUAAGACAAACACUUACAAAAAAUACCUUUUUAAGUGUUUGCAAUGCUGAACCUUUCAUUUGAAAUAUAUUUGACAAACCUG